AAAAGAAAAGCAAUACGGUGUCGUUGGAUUAGGGUUGUGCAUAGGCAGACUAAGGCAGAAAGACAGUGAUGAUCGGAAGUGUUGUGCGCGCAACUUGGCUCCUCCGACUGUGAGUGUCCGUGGUGCUUAGAGCAACAGCCACAAUAAGAUUCAUACCUCUCUUCUCCCUUCCUGCGGCAAUACAAGGUAGGGUCUUUAUCACAUAGGAAACAACAUGAAUUUUGCAGCAUCAUUGUGCAGAAGACUGAAUAUCAAGGAACUUGUGACAAAUGUUCCUGUUUACAGAAGUGCUGGUGAUGUUUCUGGAGAUGGAUUGAGUUUGGUGUUCAGGCGUUGGGCUACCAAAAAGACUGCUGGUUCCACAAAGAAUGGACGUGAUUCAAAACCCAAGAACCUUGGAGUGAAGAAAUUUGGUGGGGAGAUGGUGAUACCUGGAAAUAUCAUUGUUAGACAACGUGGCACUCGUUUUCAUCCAGGAAACUAUGUCGGACUCGGGAAAGAUCAUACUCUGUUUGCGUUGAAAGAGGGUUGGGUGAAGUUUGAAAAGAACAAGCUGACUGGUCGGAAGUGGGUUCAUGUUGAGCCUAAGGAAGGUCAUGUCCUCCACCCUUUGUAUGCAGAUGCUUCUGCAUCUGAGCCAAACGUUGCUAUCUAAGUCUCGCCGAUGACAAAAUUCAGCUUACUUUCUCAGUUUCUUGCCUAUGGUUUAGGUGAAUUCCUAGAUGUUCUUCCUAUGCCUUAAUUAUACCAUCUUUAAUUGAAAAACGGGUCAGUUCUUUUGGUUAGUUAUCGGAUAAAAUAUGCUUUUGAUUUUUCAAAAUAUCUCGAAACUCAGUUUUAAUA